CUCAGGCAGGAUUUGCCCUUGGUGAAGCCACACUGGCUGUCCUGAAUCAUCUUCAUGGUGAUCCUUAUGCAAAACAAAGCGUGUUUUAGUUGAUUCAUCCUCACAUAAGGAACUUGAGCCCUAAGUAGAAAUGAAAGUGGGUUUUCCUUAGAUUUUUGUUUGAUUUUUGCUAAGUAACUGUAAAGGUAGGUUUUAGGACCAUGGCUGUACUAUAGAAUGUGUUGGCUUUAAAAGGUGAAAAAACUGACAGUUUCAGUUUGACUCCAUACAAUUCUUGUACCUAGGCAUGCCAUAAGACUUGAAAUUGUUCAGGUUUGACAGAGGACCUCGGUCCUUCCUCAGUGUUCUGCAGGAAGCCUUGGUUCUCAUACUUCCAUUUAAAAGAGAGGCAGGAAGGUAAAUUAAAAAAAGUAUGGAUAUUUUCUUUUAUUCUUCUUUAUUGGCCAGUGGCAUUAGAACAGUUCUGUAUUGGAUGGUGGGGACAGCGAAACUAAAUCCGCAGAUUUUACUUGCUCUGCAGUAGCACAGUUGAGAAAGAAGAGGCUUCACCUGAGUUGUUUAGAACUUUUUAAUGUCUGUUGAACCAGUGGGAGAGAAGAUCUUCAAAAAGUUCAGCUCCCUCUCCUUUUCUUGCAGAUGUGAGUCUUUGAAAAUAAAUUUUAGAGAACCAAAGAACUUGAGAGAGUUACCAUACCUAAACUUCAUCUUGUUUGUAAAUUAUAUGUCCGUGAACAGUCUUCUACACUGAAAUGUAGGGCGAGAGGGGUGACAUGCAUGCUUUCCCUUCAGAGUCUUAAAAGGUUGGUUGUAAAGAUUUAAGCUUAUUCUGUUGUUGUGGCUGUGCAUUUACAUGGAGAGAAAAGAAGGGAAAUAAUCUUUAGUUCAAGUAUUUGCCAUGCUUUUGCAGCUAUUUGUGAUCAGUGGAAAUGCCUCCAUUUUCAAAAACUCUGUAAAGCUUGUGUUAGGGUUUGAAUAUUAUUUUCUGGUUUAUUAACAUGUGGAUUUUGGAUAGCAAAAUAACUUGAAAUUAGCUCAUUUUGCUUUGUUCAAAUUAAAUGAAUCACAAAGUAAAGAAGAUGUCUAAUCUGUAUCUUUAAAAGGAGAAUGAAAAUUUAUAUGUAUAGACUUUAAACAAAAGUAUUGUUUAAAGCUUAUACUCACCAACUUCAAAUUAGUGCUACUCUUGACUAAAGGUAACAGGGAAGGAUCUGUUCUCACAAGAAUUUUUUUGUUUAAAAGCAAAUGUGUGUUGUGGCAGAAGGAAAAACUUUUGAUGGAACAGGUUCUUUUGAAGCCCUGCUUAGUUUGAGCAAAGUCCCGAACAUUUCUGUUCACGAAGAAAGACCGUGUAGUCUGUUGGCUAGGACUUCUGCAUAUAGUUUCUGUGCAUAAUUCAAAGCAAAACUUUGCAGUUUUUCUAUGGCUGAUGCUAAGUAGGUGAAAUAAACAUUUGAAGUUGGCCUGAGAUGGAAGAUCUGAAGGGUCAAUUCACUUAUUCCAGGGUUGCUCUGUUUUGGUGAGAACUUUGCCUGCUGCUGAUGCUUCUUCAGGAAAAAAAAAAAAGUCAACCUUGGCAAAUAGCUUUCUCUUUUUGUUGUCAUGAAAUGCAGUACAAUAGGUGUUUGGCAGAUCUUUGAUAGUAAACAUUCAUUUUUAAUUCCCUCCUAGAAAACUCUGUGCCUCCUUUCCCUUCUUGUUAGAGGGUCUUUUUUUUUCUAAGAUGUCAUGUAGACUUGUUUAUUGGACCUCUCUGAAAUUCAUAAAUAUGUUUCAUUUCUCUUCCUGACUUAGUAAGGAUUUGAUACACUUGCUGUAGCUCAUUACCAAGGAAGCAGAGCAGCAGCAGUAGCAACAAACUUGAGACACUGAAUAGUAUUUAACCUUUUUUUUUUUUCCUGCUGUCAUAACAACACUGUAGUAUACUUUAACUCUGAUGGCUUACAACCUUCUUUUAUGCCACUAUGUAAAUAUUAGACUAAAAAUUAUGCGGACAAGAUGAGGGUGGGUUGUCAAAAAAGUGUGUAGCUGAGGGGUGGAAUUAAGGUUCCCACAUGUAGUAUGUGGUGUGCUGUACUUAGGGUAGUAAUAAUCUGUGAGGCAUUAGGUAAAAGAUCAUAGGUAUGUGCCACUUAGAUAGGCACACAUCCUAAUUUUAGACUUUCAUAAAUACUAUGAAUGUGCAUAUAUCCACGUGCUUUUAACAUUGAUUCUGUUCAUGGGUUUCUCUCUGCAAAUCAAUAGACUGAAUUUCUAAACUGGUCUUCAGGGAGCAUCAAGAAAUUUGAAUUUGUAUCUCCCUUCUAACUUUGGGAAUUCAUGGCUUGAAGCUUCCUUUUCUUUUUUUUUUCCCCUGUUUAUAACUUUGCUACUCCACUCACGAGCUUCAGGUAUUCCUAGCUAUUAGAGUUUAUGUUGCCUUUUGUUUUAAUAGUCUCCUGACAAUCUCUGAAAUACUGAGUAUAACAGAAACUGCUUCCUGUAAAAUAGUACAGGCUAUCCACAGAGCAUGAGAAAUACAGAAGCUGAAAAUGCAAAACUAUUUUUCCUUGUCACUAGCUUCUGGUGAGAUGGGUUCAGCUGUCAGGGUUUUUUUUUCCUAAUUUUUAGCAUUAUUGUAAAAUUCCUUUUUCGUAUAAAAUUUUGGUCAGCUCUGUUUAAAUUGGAUGUAUUUAUUCAUAUGGUAAAUCCACAAGAUGGCCAAAAGCAUACAAUGUUUUAGUAAAUUAAGUUUUUAGAUUGUAGGUGUUUUGGCUGUUUUACUAUUAUACUGACCAGCCUUUUCCAUAUUGCAGUGAUGUCACCAUUUUUAGCUGUCUCGUCAUGCUAGGACAGUAUGAGAAGGCAAAGCUGUUUUUAUUUGUUCUGGUAGUUCAGACAAAUAGUUUUAGCAAAUGAAUCUCACUAACAGUAGUGAAACCUGUCUUAAAUAUUGAAGACAGCUUUCUGGGCUAAGGAGUAUUUUUGUUUAGUACACUUGAAGAGACCUCCUUGAAGUUGGAUCUCUUCAGUACCAGUGGGACUGUCUUUCCUUUGCCAGCUAAAUACUGGUUAGACAAGUUAAACAACAUGCCCUUAAAAUUGGGUGGGGACAGCCUCUGAUCUCAUGUCCUUGUGAUCUUAAAGUUCUGCUGUGCUUUUUUCUCCACCCUUGGUGGAGAAAGGAUCAGGUUAGGGAACACUUAAGUAAGACAUACGUAAAUCCAUGGGGCUUGACAGGAUGCUCCCAUGAGUACAGAGGUAGCUGGCUGAUGUCAUUGCAAGGCCAUUCCUUAUUAUCUUUGAGGUCUUAUGGUCACUGGGAGAGGCUCUUGAGUACUAGAAGAGAGCAAAUAUCAAUCCUGUCAUCAGGAAGGGUAAGAAGGAGGAUCCAGGGAACUACAGGCUGGUCAGCCUCACGUCAGUCCAUGGGAAGGUGGUACAGCAACUGAUCCUGGAAACGUAUGAAGAACAGGAAGGGGCUUGCCAUGAGGUGCUGAAGCCUUGUUUCAUUGAUUCGGAGAGACUGGACCUAAAUGGCGCAGCAUGACUUUGCUCCAGCCUGGCUUAAUUUUCCUACUCCACCAUCAUCAACAAAGUCAUCACUGAACUUUGAGAAACAUUCUGAAAAUUUUUCGUGGACCGAGAAUCGUUAUGAAACAAACCGCAGAAGACACAACUCUUCAGAGGGAUUUGAUUCUAACAUUGGACGGCCUAAUGGAGGGCAUUUUGGGAGAAAAGAGAAGAAUGGUUGGCGUUCACAAGGCAGAAAUGGUACAGAAAACGUAAACCAUCGUGGGGGAUACCAUGGUGGAAGUUCCCGCGCUCGUACCAGCACUUUCCACUGUGGAAAAGGCCAAGGACUGCAUGAAAACAAUGUACCUGAUAAUGAAUCUGGGAAAAGGGAAGACAAAGAAGUACCCAAACAGUUUGAGGCUGAGGAUUUUCCAUCUUUGAACCCUGAAUAUGAGAGGGAACCAAACCAGAAUAAAUCUUUAGCGGCAGGUGUGUGGGAGUACCCUUUGAAUCCUAAAUCUAGAUCUCCGAGAAUGCUGGUCAUUAAAAAGGGCAGUACAAAAGAACUGCAGAUAUCUGGAUUCCCAGUAGUAGGAAGUCUUCAUUCACAGCCAGUAAGGAAUGGAACUGGCACAAAUGUUUAUAAAGGAUUAGUCCCUAAACCUGUGACUCCGCCCGCAAAGCCUACACAGUGGAAAAGCCAAGCAAAAGAAAAUAAACUUGGGAAUCCAUUUCCUCAUGAAUCUGCAUACAGUGUUGGCAAUUUCAGUCUUUUCAAAUCAACUGCCAAGGCAUUUACUGUAUCACAAAAUUCAGUGAAAGAGUGCAAUCGGUCAAAUUCUUCAUCCCCUGUUGACAAAGUUGGUCAGCCUCGUUUAACAAAAUUGACAAGAAUGAGGACUGAUAAGAAGAGUGAAUUUUUGAAAGCAUUGAAACGAGAUAGAGUGGAAGAGGAACAUGAAGACGAGAAUCAUGCUGGGCAAGAGAAGGAUGAUGAGUCUUUUAACUUGCAUAACAGCAACAGUCCUCAUCAUGAGAGAGAUAUAAACCGAAACUUUGAAAAUGAAAUUCCGCACGAAAAUGGCAAUGCUUCAAUUACAUCUCAACAGAUCAUUCAGUCUUCAGCUUUCCCUCAGGCAGAUGUUCUUUCAAGCUCACUUGAGGCAGAGCAUAGGUUGUUAAAAGAGAUGGGCUGGCAGGAAGACAGUGAAAAUGAUGAAACAUGUGCUCCACUAACAGAGGAUGAGAUGAGGGAGUUCCGAGUCAUUAGCGAACAGUUACAAAAAAAUGGCCUUCGGAAAAAUGGCAUUUUGAAAAAUGGCUUCAUCUGUGAUUUUAAAUUUAGCCCCUGGAAAAACAGCACUUUCAAACCUGCUCUGGAGAAUGAGGAUUCUGAGACAAGCAGCAGUGAUACGUCAGAUGAUGAUGAUGUGUAAAGACUUCUGUGACAUCUGUAGAAGCCUGUUUUGAUCUCAUGAAAAUUUGGGGAUGUGUUGUCCUAAAAAAAAUUCUAAUUUAUGUAGUAACAUACCCACUAGAGGAAGAAGGAUGGGACUUUUCUCUGAAGAAAACAAGGAAUGUUGUGCUGGGUGUGUUGAACAUAACUAUAAUUUCUUUGUAAACGAAUGUUGUAGAAUGAGGACUUGGGUUGACCCAGCAUUGACUUUCUUCAUCACUGAAGUAUUUCUGACUAGCAAUGUGACAAUGUAACAAAUCAGACUUUCUCAUUUAAUAAUAAAAACAAAGAAUUGUGUAAUGUCUUGCAAAGCUUCUGUCUUGAAAUGUACAAGUCUAUAAGGAAAAAAGGGCAGCUUGAAACAGUGUUCUGCUUGCCAAGUCAUUUCUUUCUUACGAUGGAAAUUCUUGAGUCCACUUUGUACGCAAAAAGGGUGAUGUAGCAUGUUGGCUAAAAUGAGCAAAGUGCACUAAAACUCUUUUCCUUAAUUGAGCUGUUGUACUGUUCUACUUCCUCCACACGUAACUGCUCUUUAGCCAUUUUUAGUGUAGUUGUUGUUAUUAAUGGCAAAAGACCCUGAUGUUACAGUUCCAAAUUUCUAGCACUAACCUUUAAAUUGAAAGCUUUAUAGGGUACUACAAGACCCAGUAUUCUCACAGUGAACACCUUUCUUGUGGGAAAGUAAGCACUUUGAUUUUACUAUUCACAUGCAGAAAAAUAAUUACACUGACUGAAUAUGUCCACUACAUGGAAAAUAAACUGAUUUACAGAGUAUUGUCUCAGUGCAUAGCAUCAAGGGUAUUGUUUCUAAAUCUGGUAAGUUUUG